ACAUUCGGUUGAAGUAGUUAAAAGUUAAAAUGAACAGGCCAUCGUCAAGCUCCAGCUACCCUCUCCGUCGGCAGGUCCUGGAAACGGAAGAUCGAUGCUCAGGAAAAGUAAAUUACCACUCAAGAGUUUGAAGUUCUGUCGGACAACGAAUCUCGGGAGGGAGGAGCUAAGAGAUGGGUGCCUCGGAAUCCACGCUCUCAAUCUCGGAGAAAUUCGCCGACGAGAUUACCACCGUGUCAGAGCGGUCCGAGAGCGUUGAUCUCCUCUCUGAGAAGCUGAAAUCGCUCAAAAUUACAAAGCCACUGCUGACAUCUUCUCCAAAGGAAGGCAGCUUGACUGACAUUCUGGUGAGGAAGCCGUCUUCUUCUACCACUCCUGGUAUAGUGGACCCUAAAGUGCUGCUGGACCUCUUCUCAAUGUACCGUGUUUGGCAGGAGGAACGGACCCAGGAGAUCAGCAAGAAUCAGGAGGAGAUUGAAAACAAGAUAGAAGUUGUGGAUGCUUUGGCACUCAAGCUUCUUCAACGGUUCAAUCACUCAGUCUCAACCAUGAGGACUACUUCUCAACAUCUAUCAGGAGUUCAUAGCCUGAAGGUGGAGAUAGGUGAGUUAAAAGGGAGGCUGACAGAGGUGAUCAGCAAUUGUGAUGCGCUAUGCAAGAGAAUAACUACCGAGGGCCCAGAAUCCCUUUGUUCCUCUGUCAAGCCAUUCGUCGUGCCAACGCUUCCUGGAUCAAGCAUUAGCAAUAGCUCCUCUGCUGGUUCUGUCGAAAGUGCUCUACAUGGAAAUAAGUCUUCCAAUCAAAGCUAGGCUCUGAUUUCUUAGUUGAUGAAUGAUGAUCGUAUUUAUUUAUGAACUCAGCUUGGGGAUUCAGAUGGAUACAGAUUGUCUAACUAGAGUGAAAAUGGUAAAAUUGAAGACUGUGACAAGUCUUUUCAGCUUCUUUUUCUAUGUAUUUAGUACAGUGAGUGGCUGUCUGCUCUGUAUGAACCAUAUGAGAUUUUCAUUGGAAAAGAAACUGUAAUGUACCAAGAUCGUAUCUACCGUUCACAUUUGUCUGUUCAUAAACUGCCAGCAACGGCUCUCAUUGCAGAAAUGAAGCAAUGCAACGACGACAGAACACAGGUGGAAUCUGAAAGUUUUUUAUCACUGCCAUUUAAUCUGAGAAUGGUGAAACAAAAUCAAACCUCUGCGAAACCAAAGAAACAAAAGGUACAAGUUUUAAAAACUCAAAAGGCAAAUGUAAAUUACUCUCCCAACUCUGUGAAGCCAUAAAUAAGUAGGCGAAAUGGAAAUCAAGGCUGCUGCUGGGCAUCCAUGUAACCAGCAUCAACCAGCACCUUCUCCCUCUUGGCCAAUUCAACAUCUUCAUCCACCAUCAUCUUCACCAGCUUCUCGAACCCAACUUUGGGCUUCCAUCCCAGCACCUGCUUCGCCUUGCCAGCGUCGCCUUUCAAGUUAUCCACCUCCGCCGGCCUGAAAUACCUCUUGUCGAUCACCACAUGAUCGUUCCAAUUCAGACCCACAUACCCAAACGCCACCUCCAGGAACUCCUGAACAGAGUGCGACUCCUCGGUCGCCACCACGUAGUCGUCGGGCUUCUCCUGCUGCAGCAUCAACCACAUGGCCUCGACGUAGUCGCCAGCGAAACCCCAAUCCCUGGAGGCCUGGAGAUUCCCCAGGUACAGCUUGCUCUGGAGGCCGACCUUGAUCCUGCCGACGGCCCUGGUGAUCUUCCUGGUGACGAAAUUCUCGCCGCGCCUGGGCGAUUCGUGGUUGAACAAGAUCCCAUUGCAGGCGUAGAGGCCGUAGGCCUCCCUGUAAUUGACGGUGUACCAGUGGGCGGCGGCCUUGGAGGCGGCGUAAGGGGAUCUGGGGUGGAACGGGGUGGCCUCGGACUGCGGCGGCGGGGUGGAUCCGAACAUCUCGGAGGAUCCGGCCUGGUAGUAGCGGAUGUGAGCCCGGCCCGUGUCCUGGAUGUGAGAUCUGACGGCCUCGAGGAGGCGGAGGGCCCCCGUGGCGACGACGUCGGCGGUGUAGUCGGGGAUCUCGAAGGAGACGGCGACGUGGGACUGGGCGGCGAGGUUGUAGACCUCGUCGGGGCGGAUGGUGUCGAGCCAGCGGCGGAGGGAGGAGGCGUCGGUGAGAUCGGCGUAGUGGAGCUUCAUCCGGGCCUUGUGGGCGUUGUGGGGGUCGAUGUAGAUGUGGUUGAUCCGCUGGGUGUUGAAGUUGGAGGAGCGGCGGAUGAGGCCGUGGACCUCGUAGCCCUUGCCGAGGAGGAAUUCGGUGAGGUAGGAGCCGUCCUGCCCGGUUAUGCCGGUGAUCAGAGCCACUUUCAGUGCGGCGGCGUCGCCAUUGCCGGAUCCGGAUCUGGAAUUCUCGCUGUCGGUGGCCAUUUUGAGGGGUCGGGGAGGGAAGAAGGGGGGAAGUUUUGAGAUUCAGUUGACGGAGUGGGGAAGUCGAAAGACGCGGUUUUGGGGGGGAUGGUGGAGG